AUGCAGAACCCGAGCGUAGACGAGCAGCCUCUGCUCGUGGAGCGGGACGAGAAUGUGGCCGCGUCGGAGGCGAAGCGACUGCUGCGGCUGGCGGGGCCGCUGGUUGCAAGUGGCCUCCUCCAGUGCGCGCUGCAGUUGGUGUCCGUGAUGUUCGUGGGACACCUCGGCGAGCUUCACCUCGCCGGCGCGUCGCUCGCCACCUCCCUCGCCAACGUCACCGGCUUCAGCUUGUUGGCCGGCAUGGCGAGCGCGCUGGACACGCUGUGCGGGCAGGCGUUCGGCGCGCGGCAGUACCACCUCCUGGGCGUCUACAAGCAACGGGCGAUGCUGGUGCUCGCGCUGGCCUGCGUCCCCAUCGCCCUCGUCUGGACCAACACCACCCGGAUCCUCCUGUUCCUCGGCCAGGACCGGGCCAUCGCCGCCGAGGCCGGUGCCUACGCGCGGUGGCUCAUCCCGUCCCUCGUCCCGUACGUCCCUCUCACGUGCCACAUCCGGUUUCUGCCGGUCAUGGCCAGCUCCGCCGUCACGUCGCUGAGCCACGUCCUCGUGUGCUGGGCGCUGGUGCACAAGGCGGGCAUGGGGAGCAAAGGCGCGGCGCUGGCCAGGGCCAUCUCCUACUGCACAAAUCUGUCUAUACUGUCCAUGUACACGAGGCUGUCCGGCGCUUGUAAGAGGACAUGGAAAGGGUUCUCCAUGGAGGCCUUCAAGGAGCUGCGCCAGUUCGCGGAGCUCGCCUUCCCGUCGGCCAUGAUGGUUUGCUUGGAGUGGUGGUCGUUUGAAUUGCUUGCGCUGCUCUCCGGUCUGCUGCCUAACCCUAAGCUCGAAACCUCAGUAUUGUCCAUAUGUUUCAAUACCGGCGCUCUCAUGUUCAUGGUGCCAUCUGGUCUCUGCACAGCCAUAAGUACACGCGUUUCCAAUGAACUUGGUGCCGGUAGGCCUCAGGCAGCGAAGCUGGCGACCAGACUAGUCGUAUGCCUGGCCCUGCUGGAAGGCUCGGUGAUCUCUGUCACAAUGAUUCUGCUACGCAGAUUCUGGGGUUACGUGUACAGCAACGAGGAGGAAGUCGUGGCAUACAUCGCCAGGAUGAUACCUGUCCUCGCCAUGUCUUUCUUCAUGAACGGAAUCCAUACUUCUCUUGCUGGUGUGCUAACUGGAUGUGGUGAGCAGAAGAUCGGCGCGCGCGUCAAUCUCGUCGCCUUCUACUUGGCAGGCAUCCCCUUGGCCGUGCUGCUUGCAUUCGCCCUGCAUUUCAACGGGAUGGGGCUUUGGCUCGGCAUCGUUUGCGGCAGCCUCAUCAAGCUUCCGUUGCUCAUGUGGAUAGUACUUUCUAUAAACUGGGAGAAGGAGGCAAUCAAGGUAAAAGACAUGGUGUUAGGAUCUUCUCUUCCGGUUGCAUGA